GUAUCGUGGUAACUAAGACUGUGCGAUGUUGGACAUCGAUGAACAGACGACUCUUAUUUGAUAUCAGCGGGUCCUCCUCACCCGGCGGAGGUUCAUUAACAUCACGUGGAGGCUCCCCGAUAUCUGAUGGAGGUGCAAGUUCACCAACAUCCCUUGGAUGCUCCCCAACAUCCGGCGGAAGAUCUCCAAAUAUCCAUGGAAGAUUAAUAAGUCCGUCACCGGAUGGAACUUCUCCUCCAUCCAAGGAAAUCCGUCCAAAUGCCUUAUUACACAGGAAAGUUCGACCGCAAAGCACAGCACGACAAUUCAUGCACAUGGCUGACCUUAUGUCCUGUAAGGGUUACCGCCUAGGACCGAAGAUCGGGGGCGGUACCUACGCCACCGUUCGAGUAGUGGAGAGGGAGCGUGAUGGUACGAUACUAGCGGUGAAGAUUGUCGACACUAACCUACGCCCCAACACCUCGUAUGUUAAACAUUUCCUGCCAUCAGAGCUGAGUAUUUCUAUUUGUCUGAGUCACAGGAACGCCAUCAAUACCCACGAAGUCAUUCAGUGUGAAGGGUUUGUCUUCAUGAUUAUGGAUUAUGCUGUACACGGUGACCUACUGACCCAGAUUAGACAAAAUGGUAGCAUGUCGGACACGGAAGCACGCAAGAUGUUCUUUGAAAUCGCACAGGGAAUAAAGUAUCUCCAUGACAACGGCAUAUCACAUCGGGACAUUAAAUGUGAAAACAUAUUUCUGAUGAAGGACAAAACUCCGGUUAUCGGGGAUUUCGGUUUCGCCAAACGUGUUCGCCUCGUGGACGGGAAGCCUUGUUCGAGUACGUCGUACUGUGGUAGCAUGGCGUACGCCUCGCCUCAGUUGCUAUUCAACCAACCGUACGACCCAAAGAUGAAUGACAUUUGGAGCCUCGGGUGUGUCCUUUAUAUCAUGAUGUGUGCCACCAUGCCUUAUGACGAUAUGCGCCUGGGUAUAAUGCGGAGGACAAAGGUCGUUGAGAAGGUCAUGUUUCCGGUUCGCGUGUUGGAUAAGCUGCAUACAGAUUGUAAGGACCUCAUUUACAAUAUGCUUGAAGCUGACACGGAUCGGAGGCUAGUAAUAGACGCAGUUCUUGCUCAUCCAUGGCUCAGGAAGGUUAUUUGAUUCACGGACAAUUUAAAAUGUCAUCAUGUAUUACCACGAUAUGUUGUUACACAUCCCUGUGUUGGUGACUCCGGUCAGAUCUGUCCUGAUUAUACCCCCCACCAUGUGCCGUGCAGUUUAACCUCAAAUUUACUGAUUAAACUACAUGAUAUAAUCAUUAGACUAAAUUGUACAUUAUUUUGGUUUCUUCUUAAUACAUUUGCAUUCAAAUAUUUGAUUAGUACCGAUAUCUUCAAAAACGAUAACCAGUAAAGUUGACAUCAUUGAACAUUUUGAAAAUAUCUGUUGUUUUGAAAGAAAUGGACAAUCACAAUGUAGCGCUCGGGGAACUGUUUCUAAACAUUGUGGGAAAAUAUAGAAACAUCUUUUGUAAAAGUCAUCGUGUCAGACUAAAAUAUCAGAUAAAAGGAAAUGAUAAGUAAAUAAAGCUACAAACCGAUACAGAUAAUAUUUGCUUUCUUUUGUGACAAAUUUGUACACAUUCUAAAGAUCAUUGGACUGAAAUUUGGCGAAAGGUAUUCUAUAUCGCGGAUUUUUUUAAAGAAUAUAGUUGAACAGUUUUUGUCCACGUUUGGUUGCGCGUUAUGGGAUUUCCGUCCCUAAAAUGGUCAUUAUUGAAACGUUAGUUUUGGAGACAUUAUAAGUAUGGGUACUUCAUGUGGAGAAGGGUAUGUUUGUCUGGAACAGUUAAUUUGACCAUGGGUUUUCAUAUCUAUAAUUAAACGAAUAAA